AUGCCCCCGAAAACAAAGGCGGAAUUGCAGAAGCAAAGGGCGAAGCUUGUAAACUCGUAUAAUGAACUGCUAGAAGAGUUUUCGUCAAAAGAGCUACGGACCGUCGGGAACUAUUCGAUCGGACGCUUAAUCGGAAAGGGGUCUUUUGGGAAGGUCUAUCUGGCUACGCAUAAACUCACAAAUGGGUCUAAGGUUGUGUUGAAGUCGGCUCAGAAGGACGACGCGAAUCUGGCGAGGGAGAUACACCAUCACCGCCAACUGGUACACCCGCAUAUCGCGCGGUUGUAUGAGGUCAUUGUGACCGAGAGUCUGGUUUGGCUGGUCCUGGAAUAUUGCCCUGGUGACGAGCUUUACAACUACCUCAUCCAGCAAGGGCGCUUAACGGUCGACAAAACGAAGCGCAUCUUUGCGCAGUUGGUCGGUGCUGUAGCGUACGUGCACAUGAACAACUGUGUUCACAGGGACUUGAAGUUGGAAAACAUCUUGCUAGAUAAGCAUGAGAAUGUCAAGCUUUGCGAUUUUGGUUUCACCCGGGAGUACGAGCGCAAUAAGCUACUCCAGACCUUCUGCGGGACAGUAUGCUACUCGGCUCCGGAAAUGAUAAAAGGAGAAAAAUAUAUUGCCUACGCUGUGGAUGUUUGGUCUUUGGGAGUCAUCCUAUAUGCUUUGCUAGUUGGAGAGCUGCCGUUUGAUGAGGAUAUCGAAGAAGAUACUCGACGUAAGAUAUUGAACGAUGAACCGAGAUAUCCGGAUCACCUAUCGGAAGAAUCGGUAUCUAUGUUGAAGGGUUGCCUGGCUAAAAAGCCAAGCCUACGACCAACCCUCGAUGAAAUACUCACCCAUCCCUUUUUAGCUGAACAUGCGCCCGUACAGAAGGCUAUAUUGGCGCUACAACCUCCUGCGCCGUUCUCCAGUAAAUUAGAAAAAGAUACAUUGCACAGGAUGAAAGCCGCUGGUGUUGAUAUUGACCAAGUUAUAGAACACGUCCUUGCAAAGAAAUGCGAUUCUCUAGCUGGAUGGUGGGCAUUACUGAUCGAGAAAGAAGAGCGUAAGGAGAAACGGCGACAGAAGCGCAAAAUAGAGAGUAGACGAAUGAGCGCGGCUUCGAACCUUGAUCCAUCGUUGUUGCCUCCGCCGGCGGAGGAGGCUGAAGAUCGAGUGAGGAACGAUGCUAGGAAUACAGCGAACCCUGUAAUUAUCUUGCCCGAACGUAAUUUCACAAAGUCGCCGAGGGUGCAGACUCCGCCGUCGCCCACACCGCCGCCGCCAAUAGAGAAGGAUAGGGAUUAUGGACCUUCCAGCGGUAAGGGACGACCAAAUCGAAAACACGCCUUGAUGACGCAACUCGCCUCAAUAAAACACUGGUUUCUGGACUCAGCAAAGCGCGCAACCUCUCCAAAUUCGAAAAAUCAAGCAGCGCAGAAACCGGGGAGCUCGCAAGGUAACCAGGUCUAUCAGCAGCAGCAAUCGGGCUCACGUACGAGUAACGGCGCGCGGAGGAACUCUCGAGGUAAUGGGAUAUACUCGGUCGCCCACCGCAGCACCCCGCCGCCCAAGAGGAAUUCGCUUUCGCCGCAACCAUUGACACCGCAUGCUUACCGACGCUCUUCCGGACGUGGACUCGGCGGGAGAACUUCGACAUCGUCUUCGGUAUCCUCGAUUCGCUCCUUCCACAACAAGUCUCACUCAAAGGCCUCUUCAACGUCAUCGGCGUCGCUGAACAGCAUUACCCUGAAGUCACCACGGUCACCUAGAAACUCCAUCAAAGUUCUUCCUUCGACACCUACAUCAUCCACGUUCCCUUCACACGUGCGGGUUGUCAGGUCAACAGGGUAUAACGAGGCGGCAGUAUUGACAAACGGUGUAACAUUUGCAAGAAGGAAGAAGAGUCCGUUCAAGGGGCCUAUGCUGACAAAUCUAUCCGCGAAGAGAGAUGGAAAUUCGGCAGGCUCUAGGCAGGAGCGGAAACGGAGCAGGGGGGGCAUCAUCGAGGAAGAAGAGGAGGAAGAGGACAUUGAAGAAGUACUAGAGUUUGUGGGGCCAGGCGAGAUAGAUGGGGAAGAAGUGGAUAGUGAUGACGAUGACACCCUGAGAGGAAGGCACGGGUGA